AAGCAAAACGCAAAAAAUGCGGCUUCUGUUGCAGCACCAGCGGCAUUUGCGAGGUCGCUUAUACUACAAGGUCUUGCACUAUUUUAUAGAACCCCAAUAAAAUUGUUUAGGCCACUUAGAGUUGAUUAUCUAAUAAUGGCUCGAGCAAUUAUGCCACCAACUCAUAAUGACAGGAAAUUCUCGUUUCAUUCAACAAGCCUUGGCAUGUUAACUAAUGCAGUCAAACAACAUGGUUUUAUAUUUAUACCACGCCAUGUCUUACCUCCACUGGUAGCGAAUUCAAUGAUAGGCGCAGUCCUAUUUACAACAUAUAUUACAGUUCUUUCACAAUUUAGUGGAACUUCUUCUUUUUUUGAAUCGGAUUAUAAUCAUAGUUUACAUUCACCACCACCAUUUUCAAUUGUAUUUACCUCUGGAGCUAUUGCAGGAGCUGCACAAUCUCUAGUUGCCGCACCAUUAGACUCUUUAAAAGUUAGAUUUGAAGUAAAUGAUUUAUUAGAGGGAAAGCACAAAAGCAUGUUCGAUUUUGCUAAAACUACUUGGAAAGAAUUGGGAGUUGCAAGUAUUUAUCGUGGAAUUGGCUUAACGUUGGUAAAGGAUUCUUUAUCUUGCGGAUUGUUUUUUGGAGUUUUUGAAUUUGUCAAACAACAAUGUUAUAAUGCAUUCAUUGAGGGAAUGGGCGACUAUCGCGAAACUUCAAAGAAAUCUCAGUUGAUAGAACCAACUUUUGUAUUAGCGGCUGGUGGAAUGGCAGCAAUAUCAUAUCAUUUCGUUGAUUAUCCUUUAGACAAAAUUAGAAAUAUAUUUCUUAUAGAAGAAGCUCAAUCUGAAUAUCAACAUGAACAGAAACCACGUUUAUAUAAAGACACGUGGGAACAAUGUAAAUUAAGAAUUAAGAGAAAGGGAUUGAUUAAAUUUUUUUAUAGUGAUUUUGGUGCUACGGUUAUAAGAGCUGUCCCUGCUACUAGUGUUGGUUUCUUGGUUUUUGAACUAAUGAAAAGGAAAUUUGAUCGAGAAUUAUAUGAUGAAAAUACAUAAUCUUAGAUUAAAACCAUAUUAGUUACUAAUGAGUGUAAUUUAGGUUAAUGUUUUUUAUGACAAUUUAAAAGAAUCCAAGUCUAGGUACACCAAACUUGGGAUCAAGCUCCUUUUCGAUACUAACAACAAAUUUUUCCAAGGCAUGCCGCCCUCUAUAUAAAUAAUGGCUCACAGUCUCAUAAUUAAGAAAAUUUCAAUUUCACGUGGUUAUAUUGUUUAUAUUGUCAUUUUUGUAUAUCAUGAUAAAAGAUUAUCCUUUAUUUGAUUUUAUUG